AUGGGUUCCACUCAGCCGCAGUUCAAAAACCCUGCCACUGCCUCCCUCCUGGAGCUGGUCAAGGCCCGCCGCACCUACUACGGCCUGAAGGCCGAGAGCCCCAUCUCUGACGAUGCCAUCGAGAGCAUCGUCGCCGAUGCCGUCCUGCACGUGCCCAGCUCCUUCAACACUCAGACCUCCCGCGUCGUCCUGCUGCUGAAGGAGGAGCACCAGAAGGUCUGGGACAUCGCCAUCGCUGCCAUGGAGGGUCUGGUUGCCGCUGGCCACCUCCCCAAGGAGAACUUUGAGAACCAGACCAAGCCCAAGCUGGAAGCCUUCCGCGCGGGCUACGGAACGGUCCUCUUCUUCGUCGAUUAUGACUCCCUCGCCGGUAUCAAGGAGAAGUUCGCCAUCUACGCCGACAAGUUUGACCCCUUUGCCCUGGAGUCCAAUGCCAUGUCCCAGUACCUUGGUAAGUCAUCGACCCUCUUUCAUAAUUAUCAUCGGUCCAUGACGGGCUUUACCAUGUGUCAUGAGCAGUCGCUGACUCCCUUCCCAGUCUGGACCGCUCUGGAGUCUGAGGGCUUCGGUGCCAACCUGCAGCACUACAGCCCGCUCGUUGACGAGCAGAUCCAGAAGCAGUGGAACCUGCCGGCCUCUUGGAAGCUCGACGCUCAGCUGGUCUUUGGCGUCCCUACAUCGGAGCCCGGCGAGAAGGCUUUCGCGCCCCUGGAGGACCGCUUCAAGGUCUUUGGCAAAUAG